GUCUGUGGAUAAACCCCCAUCCACACAGAAAGAGCGAGAGAGCAGAGAGAAGAUGGCUCUGCAGCUACUUCCAUCAUGCGUUGUAAUACCAUCUAAGCCCAAACCACUUGGUGGCAUCUGCUUGAUGCGUUUCCCAAGCAGUUCCCUCUCUUGCCAGUCCCUCAGUUUUGCCGCUAACCUUCAGGGAAGCCCAUUCAAUCGAGGCACGUUGUGUUCGCGAGGAAUCACUAUAGCCCCUCGGAGAAUUGCUGUGGUUUGUGCAGCUGGUUCUGGAAAGAAACCCGAUUCAGCAGCAAAGAGAGCUCGCCAGGCCGAGAAGAGGCGCAUUUACAAUAAAGCAAGGAAAUCCGAAAUGAAAACCAGGAUGAAGAAGGUGUUUGAUGCACUUGAUGAACUCUAUAAGAAGACUGAUGCACAGUUUGAAGAAAUCCUUCCUGUUGAGAAACUGAUGGCUGAAGCAUAUUCAACAAUUGAUAAGGCUGUGAAGGUUGGUACUCUCCACAGGAACACUGGAGCUAACAGGAAAUCUCGGCUGGCAAGGAGGAAGAAGGCUGUUGAGAUCCAUCACGGAUGGUAUACCCCGGCAGCAGCUUGACAAUUGCUCAUGCACCAAAUUGGAAGAGUGAUCAUGAACAUGCAUCUGUUUUUUUCUCUCCUCUGUAAUUCAUCUAAAGUUUACACUAUUUUGUCUCGUUAGCUUGAAUGUGCAUUCAAAAUGGGUAGGUCCUAGAUCAUUUAAAUUAAUUCAAAGAAUUUUGAGUAUA